GAGCCAGGCAAAUAGAUUCCGAUGGGCUUGCGUAGUAAGAUCCAUAAUUGAAGAACUAGAGCAGCUGCACAGUGGUGGUGUAAAUCCAUCAAACGAGGAAGCAAAAGGUUCAGUCCAAAGGAAAGGAGCAGACUUCAACGUCAGAAGGUGUGGGAAUGGAUAUUGGAUAAUAAAGGAAAGGAAUUCCAAAUCAGAGAUAUUCUUGAUUAUAACAAUAAAACAAAAUUGUUCGAGUCAAACAAAGACCUAGCAAAA